UCUUUAUCACUCACGAACAUUAUAAGCUUGUUUACAAGUUGACAGCUCUUUGAUGAGAGCUAGGACGGCUCAGCUGAUUGCUAGCAACCUCUGCUAUAUUUCCUUUCGUCAUGGUCAUGGAGACCUCUAAACAUCGACGCAGUCCUCGGAUUAAGUAGAACAUGUUCAGAUGUAGUUUUGUACGUCAAACCUCCGAUCUUCGUUGACAGCACGUCGUCACUCGUUCAAGCCCGCUUGUCCAGUCAUGGCAUCCCCAGAGACCUUGUUGACCUCUGACCUGGUGGAGUUGCUCAAGAGUGAGGUAUCCGUCUUGGACCAGCUCGUGCAAGGUGACAGGAAGUUGGACCUGUUCCUGCGGAGUCUCAUACACACCGCUGCUUCUGGAGAUCAAAGCCCCAGUGUACCUAUAAAGGACCAGCAUAAAGCCACGGAUGCCCUCCUGUGUGAGGUGGUCAAGAGACUCGGGGCUGAGCUGGAAGGAGGCUCCAUCCAGUGUAAACUCCAAGAAACAGAACUUGAGGUUUGUCUUCUGUCGAGACUAGAGCAGGUCCUUGAGGUGUGCAUCUUGAGGCUACAGGGCAAAGUCUGCUCCCUGGAGUCUUUGACUGCCCUCUCUGUUGUCUUCAACCCAAACAUCAGCUUCAACAGGCUGGAGACUUGGUCUUCCCGGUCAACGUAUUCCAAGACUUCAGUGUUGGCACAGUCCAUUAACUACUUCGGCAGCUACGAUGGAUUUGAAUUGGUGCGACGGCGGUUACGCAACGCCCGGGACCUGACUAUUGCGCAUAUAGCCGCUCUACUAAGACCCUUUGGUCAAUGCUACCCACAGCUAUCAGCAAGUACCGUGAAGGGAUCGUUUCUACCGACCGUGGAUCUUGUAUGUUCUCACCUGUUGUCGUGUUCUGAUCGUCAACUCUUCCAGCAGGAUAUACCAGCAGGGGAGCUCCCACCGUGUUUAAUUGGUCCACGUGCUGCCUAUGUUAUAGUCGAGUCUGUGAUGAACCUUCUGUCUGUCGUCAAAUCAGAAGAAGUGGAUGCAGAGGUCAAAGUGCAAUACUGGCAAGAAACAAUCCUCACCAGACUGAAACAUGCAACAGAGGAUGACGCUAUCCCCAUGGCGAAUAGAUCUGAGCCCCAAGCUCCGGAAUCACAUAGGGAUAAACUAAUCUUCACAGCGGAGCCAAAGAUAUCUAGUGUGAUGGAGGCAGAUGAUAAUGAUAGUGCAUUGCAUCAGGAGACCAAGGAAGAGGACAUGUUAUCCUCAUCUACCCAGGGUGACGCCACGGUGGCGCAGGAAGCCUUCGAAGUGGACGUUGUGCCCAUGAGCACCUACGCCAACAGUGAUUCCUCGAGUGAUCACUGCGCAGCCAAUACGUUGACUCCGACGUGUAGGACUGUUAUCCCACAAGAAGUCAUCAUCCAUGAACCUUACCACGAUGUUAUCCCAGUGGGUACAAUGGCGUAUCAGAGCGAUACCCCGGCGGGGCCGUCGGUCAUCGUCGGGAUCGGGACGCUGCCUCGGCGGAAUGACUCCAGUGAUAGCUCGUCCCUGGUCUCCUCCGUGCCGCACUCGGCGAGUGAACUCGGCAACGUCUGCAGGGUGUGCUUCGAGGUGGAGAUCUCGCCCAAGAAUCGUCUGAUUCGACCGUGUCGCUGCGCCGGCUCGUCGGCCAGCAUUCACCGACAGUGCUUAGUUAAAUGGAUCCAUAUCUCUGGCAACAGACGCUGUGAAGUGUGCAAUGCGCGCUUCAGCUAUGUGCCCUUUUCGGAGCGGAUGCGUGGAUUCAUGGAGAAGUUCAGACAGAACAGGAGAUGGCGCAAUGCAGCAUUUGCCGUCCUCGUUGGUCUGGUCGUCAUUCUCUACCUUAUCAUUUUUGCUGUGUUUCCGGGUGGCAUCAUGAACGUAUAGCGCACUCAACGAGAGUCGGGAGAAGAAGAAAACCAAGGUACAAGCUGUAAAUAUAUACAAUGUAAGGCACACAAAUGCAAUCUCAGACUGAACUAAUCAGCUACCUGAUUCCUCAACAAAAACGAAUUUUGAAGAAAAAAAACUGUCGGCGUGUCUGCGUUCAGAUUGAGCAUCUGUAGCUGUUUGCUUGAGCGGCAUUGUUAAGUCAUGUAAGUGAAGGCACAGUGUAAGCGUUUAUCCGAGCAUGGCAGGGGCUUUAAGCCAGGCUUUUACAUUCAAACCGCCCUCUGUUGACAAAGCACUGUACACGUCAUGUUUCGCCGGGCAAAAAGACGCACAGUCAU